AUGGAGAGCUGGCAGUGUUUGCUGCUUCUAAGCACAAUAACUUUAGUGCUUUCCUCUGGAGAGGUGACGAAAAAUGAUCAAACCGACCUUGUCAGCUUUUUGAGAAAUAUCUACCGUGGAUUGCUUGUGAGAGCUGAGCCGUUCAUCACCACCAAAGAUUUUGAGCUAAACUCCCUCAAGGAGCUGAGACGGCCAGAGGACCUCACGUUUAAACAACAAAAGAAGGACAAAGCAGUUUACCAGGGUAAAAAUGAAGCUGCUGGACCAGUGGUGUUAACCAAAAAUGGGCUGAUCAAGGGGAUUACUGUGGAUAAGGCCAAUAUAUUCUAUGGAAUACCAUAUGCUGAACCUCCUGUUGGGGCUUACCGCUGGAAGCCCCCCAGACCAGUGAGCCCUUGGCCAGGGGUCUACGAUGCCUCCUUCCCCCAGGCGGCAUGCAUGCAGGCCUGUAGUGGACCUAUCACUGAGGAGUGUCCUAAGAUGGUCAGUGAGGACUGUCUCUACCUCAACAUCUUUGUACCUCGAGAUGUGAACUUCAGUUCUCCUUUGCGGACCCCCAUGCCCGUCAUGGUAUGGAUCCAUGGUGGGGAUUUCAUAGCUGGUUCAGCCUCCAAGCCCAUGCAUGAUGGACGCUUCAUUAGUAACUUCACCCACACUGUUGUUGUAAAUGUGGAGUACCGACUUGGCGCAUUUGGAUUCCUUGUGUCGGGCAAAGAUCCUCACACCUCAGCAGCAGGGAAUUAUGGGAUUUUGGACCAGCAGGCGGCUCUUCUUUGGGUUCAGCAGAACAUUGCUGUGUUUGGAGGUGACCCUAGCAAGGUGACAAUAUUCGGUGAGAGUGCAGGUGCUCAGUCAGUGAGUCUUCACCUGAUGAUCCAGAGCAGUAAACCUCUGUUCAAACAAGCUGUCCUGCAGAGCCUGCCUUUCUCCAUCCCACUGAAGACCAGACAUGAUGCCCUGAAGCUGGGAAAAAACUUUGCUAAACAGACCAACUGCUCUGUGAGCGACUUCGUCUGCCUGCUGUCUCUCUCUCCACAGGCCGUCCUGGCUGCACAGAUGAAAACAAGUUCUAAAAUAGUGAACCCGUUCAGGUUCCUGGAAGUUUUUGAGACUUGGGGUCCAUAUAUCGAUGGAGAGCUGAUUAAAGAGCAGGCUAUCACUGCCUUUCAGAAGGGACACUGGCAGAAAGAAAAGGCACUUCUGAUGGGAACAACCUCAGAGGAAGGGGUGCUUUUUGUGUACGGGGUCUUCAGCAAGCCAGUGUCUGCUGUAGAGUGCACUGUAUAUAUCACAGCCAUCUUUAAACAACAUGCUCUGCGGAUCCUACACAAAUAUCUACCCCUGUACAGAGACGCUGACCGCAGGAACAUGCUUGCUCAGAUUGUUACCGACUUUGUCUUCUUGUGUCCGUCCAGGACGUCAGCACGUGCUGGUGCAGCAGCAGGCAGUCAAGUAUGGAUGUAUGUGUUUGACCAUGUGGCCUCGGAUCACCGCAUCUGGUCAGGUCUCACUUUCUGCUACCAACAUGUCUGCCAUGGUGCUGAGCUGCCCUUUCUUUUUGACUCGGCCUCAGUUGCCAACUACACCCUGUCCCUACCAGAAAGGCUGCUGUCUAAUCGAAUGCUGUGCUACUGGGGUGCAUUUGCCCACACGGGGGACCCUGCCUCCAGAGUUCAUCAGACAAUUUUCUGCCGGGAGCAACGUCUUCCUGUUUGGCCACGAUAUUCUGACACAAGCGGGUGGCUUGGCAUGAACCUGACGGUGCGAUCACAUGCACAAGUGGGGACCAGGGACCAUAUAUGUGAUUUCUGGGACCAGCUGGGCAUCUACUAA